AUGAAUACAUCUAGACCUGAGCCUACACCUCGUGGCGUAAAAAUACAGAGGAAAUCUCCUCCACAAACACCACGUAGAAUAGAAAAGCGUCCUGGAGGUAAACCUAAAAAAGCUCUUUCAGAUGAAGAUAAGGAAACUAUUAACUCGUUAAGACGUGAACAAGAGAGAUUAACAGAAGAACUAGAAGAAGAAAGACAACAAAGCGAGAAAAUGAAGAAUCUUUACACAGGAGAUUUAAAUUAUUACACAGGCAUUCAAAAACAAGCAUUCACAAAAAUAAAAAGUAUGCUUUCUAAAGCAAAUCAAAGCGACCCACAUAUAGUUGAAGUCAUUAGACUGAUCGAUCUUUACAAUCAGCAAGAAACAGGUUUUAUUCCAGAUACUCCACGUGUUGCUCAAUUAGCAGAUGAAGCACGUGAAGCAGAAAUGGCAACAGAUAAGCAUAAAAGAGAAAACAGAAACCUUAAGCAAGCGUAUAAAACAUUAUGUCAAGAAUUACACGAUUUAAACGACAAGAUUGCAGAAGCCGAGACAAGACUAGAAACGAUUACCGCAAAACGUAAAGAAACACAUACAACUCUACACAACUUUAUCGAAAAAUGCAAACAGCGUGAAGCUGCUUGGAAAGAGAAAGUUGCAUCUCUUGAAGCUAAGAUUGAAGCCCAAGGCGAAUAA